CCCUCGCGCUCCCUCGCGCUCCCUCGCGCUCUCUCUCUCUCAUUCUCUUUUUAUCUGAAUCUAUGCCUCUGUGUUUUUCCUAUCUGUCUUUCUCUCUUUGCCUCUGUCCUCUCACGCUCUCUUCCCUCCGGCUGUCAAUGCUUCUCUGUUUAUCUGAGCCUGUGCCUCUGCGUUUUUCCCUCUCCCUCUCCCUGUGUGUUUUUCAACCCCUGUCGCCCUGUCUCCUUCCCACAGUCUCAGUGCCAGUGGAGACAGCCACCAGGAAAAGAGAUCUAUCGCAAGACCAACAUCUCUGUGUACGAGGUGGAUGGGCGAGACCACAAGAUUUACUGCCAGAACCUGUGCCUGCUCGCCAAGCUGUUCCUCGACCACAAGACUCUGUACUUUGAUGUGGAGCCUUUUGUCUUCUACAUCCUGACUGAGGUGGACCGGCAUGGGGCGCACAUUGUGGGCUAUUUCUCCAAGGAGAAGGAAUCGCCCGAUGGGAAUAACGUUGCCUGUAUCUUGACUCUGCCACCGUAUCAGCGCAGGGGCUACGGGAAAUUUCUCAUCGCUUUCAGCUACGAGCUGUCGAAGCUGGAAAGCACGGUGGGCUCUCCGGAGAAGCCCCUCUCUGACCUCGGGAAGCUGAGCUACCGCAGCUACUGGUCCUGGGUUCUACUGGAGAUACUGCGGGACUUCCGAGGGACACUGUCCAUCAAAGAUCUCAGUCAGAUGACCAGCAUUACCCAGAACGACAUCAUCAGCACCCUGCAGUCCUUAAACAUGGUCAAGUACUGGAAAGGUCAACAUGUUAUCUGUGUCACCCCCAAACUGGUGGAGGAACACCUGAAGAGUGCCCAGUACAAGAAGCCUCCAAUUACAGUCGACUCGAUCUGCCUGAAGUGGGCACCGCCGAAACACAAACAGCUCAAGCUCUCGAAGAAGUGACUCAGCUGAGAUCCGAGGAGCAGGAUUUCUGUGAUGGCGCCACAGCAGGAGGGAGAGAGAGCGAGGACAGUGAAUCAACUGGGGCUAGAUGGCACAGAGCGGGCCAGGGGGCAGGCAACAGAGGGUUUCCCCAGAGACACAGACCCACCCUCUACCCACCCAUCAUUGCUGCUGCCAAGACACACUGAGAACAGCAGUGGUAGCGCCAGGAUGACACUGGUUCACUCAGACUUAGUUUGCUUGUUUGUAUGUGUGUGUUCAGAGAGAGAGAGAGAGAGAGAGAGACAGACAGAGUGCGAGUAUGUCACAGUGAGAGAGAGAGUAAUGUGUCACAGAGAGAGAGAGUGUCAGAGUGCAAGCAUGUCACAGUGAGUGUGUGAGAGCAUGAGCGUGUCACAGAGAGUGCGUAUGAGCGUGAGACUGCAUGUGUCACAGAGUGAGUGCGUCAGAGCAAGAAUGCAAGCGUGUCACGGUGAGAGUGUGUCAGCGACACUGCGAGCGUGUCUCUGUGUGUGUGUGUCAGAGCGAGAGUGCGAGCGUGUCAGUGUGUGUGAGCAUGUCACGGAGAAUGUGUCAGAGCGAGACUGCGAGCGUGUCAGAGUGAGCGUGUGUGGGUGCGAGCCUGAUGCGGAGUGAGAGGGAAGGUGUGUGACUCGGUGCCUGUCAGGUGGGUGCAGCUUUCACCGACUUGAACAGUUGAGCACCUGCCAGCUGCCUUGAGGAUGCAGCUCGGGAUUGGAAAGGGAUGGACCGGAGAGGCUUUGAUCGUGUUUUUAUUGAGAAAUUGUCGGCAAUAAUUUCAGCUUGAGCUUCCGGGCAGCCCACGUACACAUUCUCCUUUAUGUAGUUUGAUUGUAGUUGUUCAAAGUUGUAAUAAAUGUAGUUAUGUUUUUUUUUGUUACUUUA